AUGCGACUUCUGAACACCCAAUCUCUAACCCUCAAGGUGUUUGGCUCAGAGCUGCCUGAGUACGCGAUCUUGUCGCACACGUGGGGCUCAGAUGAGGACGAGAUUUCGUUCCUAGAGCUUCGGCAAAACAAUCACAACCUGCUUGGGAGGAGCGGGUACCAGAAGAUAAUUAGUUUCUGUGAAGUUGCCCGCCAGAAUGGGUACGAUUGGGCGUGGGUUGAUACUUGCUGUAUUGACAAGACCAGCAGUGCUGAGCUAUCGGAAGCCAUCAAUUCGAUGUUUCAGUGGUAUAAAUCGGCCGAUGUUUGCUAUGCCUACCUAGAGGACGUCGACGAGGGCAGCAAAAUAGAGAAUUCUCGAUGGUUUACCAGAGGCUGGACUUUGCAGGAGCUACUGGCUCCUGACUCUGUUGAGUUCUAUGAUCAGCAUUGGAAUGAACUUGGAACGAAAAGUGACCUUCGGGACACAAUUUCCGCCAUCACUGGAAUCGAUAGUGAUGCGCUUCGAAACAGCCUCAAGCCAAGCUACUACACAGUGGCACUUCGAAUGUCCUGGGCAGCCAACAGAACCACUACCAGAGAAGAGGAUUUAGCCUACAGCCUCUUGGGGAUUUUCGAGGUCAACAUGCCGUUGUUGUAUGGCGAAGGCAGAAAGUCCUUUCAGCGACUACAAGAUGAGAUAUUCAAAACUUCGGAAGACUACACAUUGUUGGCCUGGAGAAGCCGACCAAGGAUGCAAGGAGAUAUGGGAAGAGAUCCUACAGGUAUUCUUGCCAAGUCGGCCUGGGACUACCGGAAUGACAAGAGAAGCCUACAGGCGGGAGUUUGGAACUACAAUCAACUCGAACCGAUUGACUGGAAUCCGUCAAACCCCAGAGCAGAGGACUUUCAAUGGCGUGGCCGCCCAUCCCUGCAGUUCACUUCACUACCAGGUGACUUUGAACCUCCACGUAUAACAGCGAGGGGGCUACGGAUAACCCUUCCUUUCAUAAUUAGUAUGUCUCCGGUCGAUGAUUUACAGCGAGAGGCACACCUAGCCUUCUUGUACUGUAUCAAGCAGCCCAAGGGUGAGAUGGUGUGUUUAGUGCUGCACGAGAACGACGAUAUCAACUCAAGCGGCGCAAAAGGCCAGUUCUACCGUCCCCUCGGCGGCACGGGUGUACAUUUCGUUGCACCACGAUCCAUUACACUCCAAUUUCGCACGGUGUAUCUCCGCAUGAAGCCAAGAGAUGAACCUUUGCGUUGGUUACAUCCAGGAUCUCAAACAUUUGCUACCGUUUUCUUGACUGGAUCCAUCGGAGCAACCCGUUCCUACAACCAGGUCAUCACGAAUCAAGGCAAUCUGCUGGUUCACCUUCGAAUAGGGCCUGCACACUUCCGACUUAUUAUAGGUCUCGGCUUCUAUGGGAAAUGGUGUGAUUUGCUACCAACUUCAAACGAGAAUUACGCGGACGAGCAUGAGCUGUUUUCAAGAGGUCUGUUCAGAGCAAUGACGAAUGGCGAUUUCCAAGUCCAACAGAACUUGCGCUCUUGUCUUCCCCUUGCAUGUGGAGGCACAGUCGAAUGUGUAUUGAAACAUCGACCGAGAGGUUGGUUGCACAUUCAUGCACUGCAAGAUGAGUUGGUGAUUAGAGACAGCGAGACAAAGUUCUAUUCGGUAGACAUACAGGUCCACUCGGGGAACAUCGAUCAAAGGCAUCAUGUGGAUAUAUUGGGUUCAAAGUGGUUCUAA